AUGGAAAAUUUAGACAAUUCGAAUACGGAAGAAAGUUUUGAAAUGUAUGAUUCAAAUCACGACGCGAUAGACAAUAAUUUAAAUGAAAGGAGCAAGAGUCGAAAAGAACCUUUUUGGGUCUUUGGCUAUGGAUCGCUGUGCUGGAAUCCUGGAUUUGACUACCAACAAUCGGUUACUGGAUACGUAAAAGGAUUUUCUAGAAGAUUUUGGCAAGGAAAUACCACGCAUCGUGGUACUGAGUCCAAGCCCGGCCGAGUUGCUACUUUGAUAGAAGAUAAAGAGGGUGUCACAUGGGGUAAAGCGUUCCUAGUAGGAGCUGACGACCACGCAGCCUUGCCCUACCUCGCCAACAGGGAAUGCCAACUAGGAGGCUACAAGACCUACACCGUACAUUUCCAUCCUCGAUCUUCUAGCUUAAAUAAUUCCUUCGCGGGAAGCUCAAAUAGUUUAAUCCUACCAAAUAGUUCAAUUAACCAGAAACACGCUGUCCUCUAUAUAGCGGUGCCGGAAAAUCGACAUUGGCUCGGUUCUGCACCCCUACCAGAUAUAGCUAGACAAAUUUUGGAAUGCCGAGGUUCAUCUGGGUCUAACGCAGAGUACCUCUUGAGACUAGCAGAGUUCAUGAGAGAAGAAGUCCCGGAAGCGUUGGACGAACAUCUCUUCUCUUUAGAAAGAUUAGUUAGGAAAUUUGCUUCGGAGAUGAAGAUAUGCCUUCAGACGAUAAUAGGGCAGGAAAAGCAAGGACAGGAAGCACCCCAACAAGAACAAGACACAAAGGCAGCUCCUAGUUCGCAAUUCGCUUCGAGGAUUCCCGAUAAGAAACUGCGUUGCGUCAAUAUGUGA